AUGUUCAUCCGCACCUUGAUUCUGGCUGGACUGUGCCAUGGAGUUGUGGGGCAGGGCAUGUGGGUAAGGUUGUGAUUUUUAGAUUUUUAAGCCAUUGUGGUUACUUUUCCUCGUACUAGUACUAUACCUCUAGUACUAGUACUAAGCCUUUCACUUUCAUAGCACUAAAAACUCAACUCAUACUGUAACUUUCAGGAGUACGACUACCCUAUGUUUCCCCAAUUCCGAUUCCGUCCAGCUGAAACGGGUCCAUUGUUUGCGAAUAUGCAACCAGAAGCUCCAGGAGCUUUCCAACCACCUCCAAUGAAUCUUCUUGGCCCUGCGGCUAAGCCAGGACAAACCCCGAUUCAUCGGCUGUCAGCUGCAAGCUACAGAAGUGGAGACAUCUCACGACGAUGUAAGUUUAUUAGGCUAGGAGUAGGGUUAGGGCUAGGACUUACGAUAGGGAAUAGGCUAGGGCUCAGGAUAGGCUUAGGCUAGGGCUUAGACUAGGUCUUAAGCUAGGCUUCCGAUUAGGACUUAGGUUUAAUCUAGGUCUUAAGAUAGAGCUUAGGCUUGGUAUUAGGUUAGGACUUAGACUAUGGCUUAGGCUAUGACUUAAGCUAGGUCUUACGUUUGGGUUGAGGCUAGAGUUCAGUCUAGGAGAAGGCAAAGAUUUAAGACAUAAUGCCAAAACUAAUUUUUGGAUGGCUAGGCCAAGCCCAAAAAAUUUAUAAAUUCAUGGCAAACUUUGCUUUAGCAGCCCAAAAGUCUUCGGAAAAUGGAGAUUUGGACACUUUACUAGCCAGAUUAGUAACCAAGCUUCCAAAAAUAGCGGAAAGAAUUUUGGGUAACAAUAACAAUGAAGAAGAAGGCAACGACCGCUUCCAACCAUGGAAGAUGCCCGAUCAAAUGACUCGGCCAAAGAAAGAACAGUCCGAACCGGCCAAGGUUAUCAACUCUAUGCCCAGUAAGUGAAAUUUAAAUUUUUCUUUAAAAAGAGGAGGCACAGAAUUAAGUGAACGGUCUAAUAAUAUCAAAUAAAAUUUUUAAAAAGUAAAAUUAAUUUCAGACCCUCAAGGCUUUUUCUCAUUUGACAAAUUACUGAGUGCCUUUACUGGGAGCGGCUUGGGUUCCAAAGAUAAUAUUGGAGAGAACAAGGACUCUUCGGUGGAGAAAGUUGAAAAGGAAAAUGAGUUCAACAUGGAUAACAUCAAAGGAAUUCCUAUUCAAAAAGUGAGUUAUUAUACGUUACCUACCCUUACCCUACUCUACCUUACUUUACCCCACAGUACCCUAUGCUACCUUACCCUACCUUAGCUUACCCUACCCGACCUUAUCCUCCCUUAGCUUACCCUGCUCUGCCCUACUUUAUCUUACCUUGCUUUACCUUAUAUUACCAUACUUUACCUUAUCUUAUCCUACCAUAUUUUACUUGACCUCAGCUACUACAUGUUAGUCACCAUGCUAUGUAUAUUACCAUAAAAAUGCAUUUUAGGACAUGGACCCACUUCCAAUGACAGUAUCAGUAGACGAAGUGAUCGUCCCUUCUCAAUCAAUUGAGAAUUCCCUAGACGAAAGUGGUUCAUCUGAAUUCAUCGACUUAUCCCACCACUUUGACACUACAGAAUCACCACGAAUUGAAGUUACACAGACUUUAGAAUCUGUUAAAACCUUUGACAGAAGUUUUGGAAUUCAAAAGUUCACUGAAAAUUCAGAAUCUCAAAGCCUUUCCGGCCCUUCAGAAUCUCAAAAAGCAAAUUCAGAAGCCCCGAACCCAGCUGAUAACCUUCUGGGAAGUCUUUUGAGUGGAAAUCUGGAGAAAAUCAACUGGGUUGACUCCAUUUUUGGCCAUAAAAAUGAAAAAACCGAAGGAAAUGCGUUGAGCGGACUGUUUGGAGGAGCGGGCGAGUUCGGCAGUCUAGGCCAGUUUUUGGGCUCGGCUAUGGAUGCGCCUGGCAAUGAGUCGGUCAGAAAUUGA